AUGUCUGAUUCAGAGGAUCCCCUUGACGCCAUCGACGAGGGCGGCGAUGACCUUUUUGGCGACGAGGGCGAUGAGGGCGAUGCCUCUCCCCAGGCGCGCAUUCUAGACGACGAUGAUCUCGCCUCUGAUCCCGAAGCAUAUGGCGAGGCCGAGCCGCGAGAGUACGAUGGAAGCCAGUCACGACAGGAAACUAAGGAUAGAAUCGUCAUGGCUGUGCAAGCCUAUCGCCAUCGCAUCCCUAAACCAUCUGACGACUCGCUUCGUGUGAUGCGUGUUCCGAAAUUUGUCAGGUUUCUCCCCGAGCCAUACGAGGAAGAGACUUUCCAACCCUCCGCAUUCGAUCUUGAAAACGCAAAGGCAGAGCACCCAAAACAUGUCGUCCGGGUUCGCAGAGAUCCAAGCACAAACGAACUGAAGAGCAAUACGAAUAUCUACCGGUGGAGUGAUGGUUCUGUCACAAUUUCCGUCGCCGGCGAACACUACGAGGUCCAGAAGAAAGCUUUGGCCCCAGGUCUCGGACAGCCCUACGAUGAAUUGAAGGACGGCCAUUACUACGCUGCCGCUGCCGAAUUAAGUAGCAACCUGCUGAUGACUGUGGGUCACUUGACAGAGCAGUACACAGUCAAACCAAACAAGGCUGUUGGAGACAACGCCCUGUCCGUUUUGGCAGAGAGAAUGGCUCUCGCUAGCAAGUCAUCAGCUAGCAGCGAGAUGAUUAUCAAGACAGUGGUGGAUCCCGAGUUACAGAAGAAGCAAGCUGAGUUGGCCGAAAAGGAGCGAAUGAAGGCCCAGCGAAAGCGCGACAAUGCUGUGGCCAAGAUGGACGGUGGCGUGGGACGAUCCGGUCGUGGCGGGCUGUCAAUUGGCGGUUUGGAGGGUCCUCGGUCUGGAGCAGCCCGAAAGAGAGGAGCGCCUGGCUCUGCGCGACCCAAGAGACGGCGUCCAGAGUAUGACUCUGAUGACGACCUGCCCCAGGGUGUCUCGCGACAUGAAGACUACGACUUGGAUGACGGCUUCUUGGUGGGCAGUGACGAAGAGGAGCUGGAGAGUGGCGUUGACGAUGACGAGGAGGAAGAUAUCCUGGAUGAUGAGGAUGAUGCUCCACGGUCUAAGAGGCAACGAACCAAGGAGCCCGAAGACGAUGAAGAUGCGGAAGGAGACGAGGUUGAGCCCAUGGAGACGAGUGGCAGAUCAGGCAGACGGCGAAACGUGAUUGAUGAUGACGACGAAUAG